GGGGACGGCCACCGGGACGGCAGCGCUGUCGGGUGGGUGCGGAGCCCCUUCCCUUCGGCCGGGAAAACAGCAGCGGCAGCGGCAGCGGGAGGAAGCAAAAUGAUGGUCCAACACUCAGGCCAGGUAUCUGCAUUAGAAGUCAGCGCCUCCGCAAUUGUUCCCACUUUGUCCCCUGCAGGGUCACUGGGGUUUGAUGAUUUCACAAAUUUAACCCCACUGGUGAAAGAGGAACUGAGGUUCGCCAUUCAGAAUAAGCGUCAGUCCCACAGGAUGUCAUCUACAUUGGACACAGUGACAGUUUCUGAAAGGCCAAUUGAAACAUCCAUCAUGAAAACAGAGUUUUCUCCUGAGGAGGAUGAAAGAAAAAAACGAAGAAGGGAAAGGAACAAAAUUGCUGCUGCAAAGUGCCGAAACAAAAAGAAGGAAAAAACAGAAUGUUUGCAGAAAGAAUCAGAAAAGCUGGAAACUAUCAAUGCAGAAUUAAAAGCCCAGAUCGAAGAGCUAAAGAAUGAGAAGCAGCAUUUGAUAUACAUGCUAAAUCUUCACAGGCCCACUUGUAUAGUUCGGGCACAAAACGGAAGGACACCUGAAGAUGAAAGGAAUCUUUUUAUUCAACAGAUCAAAGAAGGCACAUUACAAGGUUAAGUGAUAUGGCAAACAUGGAAAUAUUUAUAGUGUUUUUAACAACUACCAGAAUCCAUGGAGGAUCUGACAUAAUGUGUAGGAUUCUAUUAGUCAAGAGCCUUUAGGAAGGGCAGAUUGCUUUCUUAAGCGGAAAGAAUCAUUUUGGCUUGACAGCGAUUCUUUCCCUUGGAAGAUCUGGUCUGAAUCACAUUGAAGAGUCUUCUGCCUCAGAUAUAGGUUUUGCACCUGUCAUACUUGCUGUUCCUAGGAGCUACAGACAACAGCUUCAGAAGUUUUAGCUCUCUGCUAGUACACAGUAUCUGCACUCACAACAUUUGUGCUAGAACACUAUGGACUUCCGAUGAUGCACAUGGUACAGACAGCUGUGCUGGAUGGACACUACUUUUCCUUGUUGCUGGUAGAGAAAGCAGACAGAGUAUUUUUAAAGUUUCAAAGUUUCCAGGAGGAUGGUUUCUGGCAGAAUGUACUGAUACGUAAUGUUGCAUUCUAACCUAACACAUACACACAAAAACACACAAAAAGCCUUUAGUUCCAACUAAGCUUUGUCAUUUUUUUCACAACACUUGUGUGGGUUUUUUCUGUGACUCAUCUCAGACUGAAUUUGAAGAGCCUAGUAGGUGUGACAGAAAUGUUUCUUGCAAAACGCUCAUGUAGCUAAGUUUGUAUUUUAUGAGCUGGAACCCCACCUACUAUCCUUUGGGGACUACAAUUUUUCCUUGGAUUGCUGAAGAGCAGCUUGUACCACCACUUGGUGACUCGGUGCGAAUUGGACCCACUGGAAAGAGGAAACUAACUAUGGAGGGAUAUUGAUACAGGUUUUGCCUGAGUGAAGAACUGCAGGACCGAAUCCCAGGCUCAUGUGUCAUGAAAAGUUUUUAAAAAAAAACAAAACAAACCCCAAAACAAUUUGUCUAGGAUCUAAUCCUACAAGCCUUAAUUCAUGCUAUUAACCCUCACUCACAUAAGAGGUUCCAUGGACUUCAGUGGGUCUGCUUAUGCAGAUAGCUCUUAUAGGCAUAGAGUUUGACAAAAGCUUUUUCCAUCCUGGUCAGGAUUACUUCCUUUUGCCAGGUGAUUCAGAGGGAAAAAUCAUGAUUGCAGCUACUUUUAUUUUACAUUUGAGUGGCAACUACAGUCAAUCAAGAGUGUUACUUAGAACCUAAAGGAGGCAAGAGUUUUGAUGUAGUGAAUAAUUGUUUUUAUUUUUUAUUAAAUACUAACCUUAGAUGGUUUUGAACUGGUAGAAGAGCUGCUGGACAAAACAGUUGGAGCUAUGAGUGUUUAAAUUCUGAUGUUUCUGUGAAAUUCUCAGAUUGUUUAAUCCUAUAAAAUAUAUCCUUACAAUUUUUUUGUAAAAGAAAAUAUUAUCCUUAUUUAUCACUAGUAUCAUAACGAGUAGAGUUAAUAAAUACUGCGAGCAAGAUAAAACUGAAAACACAAGUGUUGCGCUGUCUUUUUACUUUUAUCUCUUGGUGUUUAAUAUUAUAUAUUCCUAAACUUCACCAGUUGUAUUUGAGACACUACU